GUGUGUCUGUAGUAGUCUCUCUAUCAGUUUGAGCAGGGAGGGUUACAGUUCGUUAUUAAUUACAGAGAAAGGAUAGAGUGAUAGAUAUUAGAGAAUGAACAUCAACAACAGGAAAACCCAAAUCAGACAGAACUAUCCUUUUUGUGUAAAUGUCUCUGUGCCAUUCUCUCUGCGCAGGGCACAUUUCUGUACUGUGCCUCCUGUCCACCGCCAUUUUGUUUAAAUUAGCAUUACAUGAAGGUCUUGUUUUUGGGGAAAUAUCUCUGAUUUCUUAAAACAAAGCAGUUAGCGGUAACGUAGCGAAAUUUAAGAGAACCCUAGUUUCCCUGCAAAUUGGGGAAGCCUGUAUAACAGCCGGGGUAAAAUAGCUUUAAUUUUACUUUUUUUUAUGACUGUGAAUAAGAAGUGGAUUUAACCGUGCAAAUUAUUUUGUCAUGUCAAGAAUCUGAUGAAGAUGGCCUUUAUGAAAGUGCCUGUUGUUGAUGUCCACGUUGAUAAUUUUAAAGAGAUAUGGCCUUCUAUUCUCCUUGCAGUAAGGACAGCAAGUUUCAUAGCCCUUGAUACUGAACUGAGUGGACUUGGCACACGAAAAGCUUUGUUGGCACAGGCCAGAGAAUACACAAAUGUUUGGAUACACAGAAGUGCACAGUGACAGAGAGACUUUGGGUUCAUGUACAAAGAUCCUGAAGUUUGCUGGACAGUUUGACAAGGUGGUUAUCCAGCCUAACUGCUCAGAGGUGAUAUGCCGAAAGGCCUCCUUCUGUGUCAUAAAUUUCACAAGAGUCGAUAGAAGACCGAUACAAAGCAAUAUGCAACGCUGCCAGAACUCGUGCUGUUCUCUCUCUCGGGAUAGCAAGUUUCAAAGAGCUAUCAAACAAAGUAGUACCUACUUGAGUCAAGUGUACAACCUUACCCUCCUCUGCAUGGAUGAAUAUAUAAUUGAACCACAGUCUGUUCAGUUCUUGGUCCAACAUGGCUUUGACUUCAAUAAACAGUAUUCUAAAGGAAUUCCAUACCACAAAGGAAAUGACAAGCCUCAUGAAUGUCGCGGUCAGAAUAUGAGAGGUCUGUUCCUAGAAAUCAUCCAGUCAAAAAGGCCUUUAAUUCUUCACAAUGGGCUGAUUGACCUGGCAUUCCUGUACCAGUGUUUUUAUGCCAACUUGCCAGAUCAGCUUAUGACCUUCACAGCUGAUAUAUCUGAGAUGUUUCCAGCUGGGGUUUAUGAUACCAAAUACACUUCAGAAGUUGAGACUCGCUUUGUAUCAUCGUACUUGGAAUAUGCCUACAAAAAAUGCAGAAGGGAAAACAACAGGUUAAUUGAUGCUAGCAACAGUCAUCUUUCCAUUGAGUUCUGUAACUAUCAACAGGCAUUCACAGGUUAUAUUGACUACCGGUGCUGCAACCUUCCAGAGGCUGACAGAAAGGUUACUGAAGAAGAAACAACAGGAAUAUGUGAACAAUUUUCAGCUUAUGGAUGGUGUCCAAAUGGAAUGAAAUGCUCCCUGUCACAUAAUACUGACCUCAUUAUUGAUGAAGAUGAACGCCACAAUGACAAAAGAAAGAAGAAAAAGGUCAGGAGAAAACGGAAACAGAAUACAUUGGAAUUGACUGACAACCCUACUAACUGCACGAUUGCAGAUAACAUGCCUCCAACUGAUAUGCCACCAUCUAAGUUAUUGUGUGACAACACAAGCAUGGAACCAGAAGGAAUGGACAUUGGAGAAUUAAAGCAGGAAAAGUCUGUAAGUGAUGUACAACUCCCAGAAACCACGUUUGACAAGGAGGAAAGUAAAGAUAAUCGCUGUGGUAUAGUGGAAACAGAGGGAGAAUUUUUAAGCAACAACAAAAAGGAAAACCAGUCAGAGGAUCAAAAGUGUACAGCAACCAAAUUAGUGGAAAAGGGCAAAAUUGAAAAAUGUGAAGGAGGUACCCACCGUGCAGGAUUUGAUGCUUUCAUGACUGGAUUCAUAAUGGCUUACAUUUUGAUGUGGAAGAAUGGUGAAAGUGAUAGCACAAAGAUGGACCCAUGGCUCCCUGAUUGUCUCAAUAAACUUUACCUGAGUGGGAAGGCCCUUCCCUUGCAGAUUUGUAAAAGUUCAUUCUCAAAAUCUUCAAAAGUUCAUCAGGCUAAGAUUGAAUUGCUUUGGGGAAAACAGUAAGGUCUGAAACUUUUUAAAACUGGCUGCAGUUAUGAGUUCAGAAAAAUGUAGUAAAAUUGUAAUUUUUUUCUGAAGAGGAGUACAAUUAAACAUGUAUCAUCUUUCUAUUGCAGGAAUAUCAAUCCUUUACUUGAUUAAAUUUGCUGCUUUUCAUGCUGUGAAAAUACUAGUGUUAUUUGCCAAAAUCAAAAUGGCUGAGGAUGGUUAUAGUACUGUGCUGCAUAACUUGAGCUGAUAUUUGAUAUCAGGAUUGACCAAAUUCUCCAUUUGGUACCUUUUUAAUUCAGUGUAGACAAGAUCAAAGAUGUGCCUGCUAUUAUGUUAUUUCUUAAUUUGCAAAUAACUAGAAAAAGUACAUAAAAUGAUCAAGCUAGUUGUGGACAAGAGAAUGUUUGGGUUUGAUUGUGUUUGAAUUGCCAUGCAAAGUUGCUUACGCCAACAAGCAAUAAUGCAGUUUUCUCUUUUCCAUUGACAGUAUAAGUCAAGGGGGCCUCUCUUUAGCAUUCAGCAGCAGUGAUAUUGACAUUGAAGUUUGCACACAAUCAAGGAAGUGAUUAGCAUCACUUUAACAAAAUAUUAAACUCUUAAUCCUUACUGAACUUAUGAACUGUUAAUGUAAACUUAGAUUUUCAGGACAAGUGAGGGUGUUUAGUAAUGACUAUGUAGGUAGUAAGCUACUCCAUCCAAUAACAUCUUAUUCAAUAAUCUUUUUUUCCCCCUCAGCAUUGAGAAUUGCAUGCCAUAUCAUUAGUAUUUUCAGUAGUGGAGGCCACCAUGAGGCCUGUUUUCUAUAACUGAAGUGUAGUGGUGUUUCAACAAUAGAGGUAUGGAUUUAGGCAUAAUGCUGCUUGUGCUGAGACUCUAGAAAGAUUGUCAGUUUCAUUAAACUUAGUUUUGCUGUAGUCAGUGCUGUGAAAUCUGGGCUAAUAUUUCUAGCAAAGACCAAAGACGUAUUGGAUUUUCCACAGCAGCGUCUUAGGGUUGUUUGACUAUGGAGUGUGAAGAGUUUUGUGCUGCAUAUCCAAACAGGCCGCAAUUCAGUUCUGUAUUGAGAAAGUCACAAAACAAACUUGCCACAAGAAAGUUCUUAAAUUAUAGCUUUAAUUAGAGACCUGAAUAUUAAGACAUUUAGCAAAAUCCCCUUCAUAAAUAAGAAAAUAGAUCCACAAUCAACAUAUUUUUCUUCCU